ACACUUCUUCGAACUCUUUUUGGACCUUUUAUGUUCCCGUACCGCGAUUUAAGCAACGUGAUUCCGGAGGGGCGGGGCUUCGACGUCGAUAGAAAUAAGCAGUUUUGCUGGUCCAAGGUGUCAAACACGAACUCGCAACCUGGAAAAUGAGCAAAUCCGACAUGAAGACCAUCACUGUGAUCGGCAGUGGGCUGAUCGGCCGCUCCUGGGCCAUGGUGUUUGCCAGCGGCGGCUACAGCGUGAAGAUCUAUGACAACCAGCCGGGACAGGCCGUCAAGGCCAUUACAGAGAUCAGGAAGCAGCUGCAGGAGCUGGAGGAAGCCCACAUGCUCAGAGGAGAGCUGACGGCAGCACAGCAGCUCUCUCUGCUCAGCAGCUACGAUGACCUGGCUCAGGCCCUGGAGGGAGCCUUCUUUGUGCAGGAGUGUGUGUUUGAGCAGCUUGAGGUCAAGCAGAGCGUCUUCCAGGACGUCGAGCGUCUCGUGGGAAAGGACGUGAUCCUGAGCAGCUCCACCUCUUGUCUGGUGCCGAGCAACGUCUUCUCCAAGGUCCACAACCGGAGUCGCUGCCUGGUCUCCCACCCGGUGAACCCACCCUACUAUGUCAAACUGGUGGAGCUGGUGCCUCACCCAGAGACGGAAGCGAGCGUUAUGGAUGCCACCCAUGCUGUAAUGACCAAGGUCGGCCAAGUGCCCGUCUGCCUGAAGAGAGAGAUCGACGGCUUCGCCCUCAACAGAGUCCAGGCGGCCAUCAUCGCCGAGUCCUGGAGGCUGGUGAAGGACGGUGUUAUCUCAGUCAAGGACAUCGACCUGGUGAUGUCAGAGGGGUUAGGAAUGCGCUACGCCUUCAUUGGUCCCAUGGAGACGAUGCACCUCAAUGCACCUGAAGGUCUGGAAGACUACAUGAGACGCUACGGACCGGGCAUAGCCAGGGUGCUGACCUCCUUUGGGCCCGUACCAGACUUCUGCGGCGAAGGAGCCAAAGAAAUUGUGAAUGAGAUGUGCGAGCUCAUUCCCAGGGACCGGCAGCAUCUGUCGGCUCGGAUGGAGAGGAGGGACCAGCUCCUCAUGGGUCUGUCCGAGCUGAAGAAGGACCACUGAGACGCACGCGGACUCGAGGGACGCUAAGACAGCGUGCACAUUAUUUUUGAUCAUUCACAGGUUCAUGAUUCCAAUUUGGAGGCCUCCUGGAAUCGGCGUACAUGCUGUAAUGUUCAAAAUACACAUUAUUUGUCUCGUCACCCUCGUGUCUGAUACACUCCAAUAUAUAUCAUGGUCUGUUUCCCCAAAACGUCUUCAUAUCAGUAUUUUACAUUUCACAUUAAGAUUUUGAAUAUGUGAUUUUGCAAGAUUUUAUGUAAAUAAGCUAAUAAAUUACAACCCGUUGCUAAUGAUUGACCUCAGAAGUGAUUUGUGAUUAUUAAUUCUGAAGGCUUACUGGCUAAACGUGCCUUUUUAAUGAAUAUUUAAAAAAGUGUCUUGCAUCUAAUUAAGAGACUGAGCUUCAAUUUUCAAACAUCGUUUUUGUUUUGUUUGCAAAAGACUGAAUAAUGUGUUAAUUAAUAAAAAAAAACAUCGGAAUCAAA